ACUUUACUGGUGUCCGUCUUGUUGUGCCCCUCCUCCAGCUUUACAGGCAGCGGGACACGCCGCAGGAUUCGGCACAAAGUCCGAGUCACUCACCGCACACAUGAGGGGCGUCACAACAAGCCACCAGCGAACACGCGGCGGAUACGGCUUGGAACCCGCCCAAGAAAACUGAGAGAAAACGCCGAUUUUAUCGAGGAGAAACUAUCAUAUUAAAUCUUUACAAGCAGGGCGGUGAUCCAAGACAGGUGUCAGAGAGUGUCGCAGUCAUCUGCUAAUAAUUUGUGCGCUCUUGUAUUGUGGUUGCUGCGCGACGACCGACGGCACAGUUUGCGAGCGAGUUUCUGUCCCAAGAAACUCAAAUCUCUGUUACCCACUACAAUCACAAAAGCCGUUAUUCAUGCUUCGUUUACCGACUCAUAGUACAAGAGGAAAUUGCAACGUAAGUUUGCACAGCGCCUGCUUUGAAGUAGGUUGUAGCUGUAAUUAAUUUUAUAGGCACCACGUGAGUGGGAUGAAACGACCAUUAAGUGGGCACACCCGCUGGAUAUGAUACCUAACCCACUCAGAAACUUCAGCCAGAGCAUCGGACCUCUUUGACUCUUGGUACAGCGCCUGGGACUGGCGUUUAAAUCUCAUUGAAUGAUUGUAGCGCUGUAGAACCGUGCGCUUCUGCUCAGAGGAUACACAGAAUAAUGUUGUUUUUAAUCUGAGUGCAUUGCACUUUUUGUGUUUUUAGUUUCGGACAGUUUGAUUUUAACCUUUUUGGUUACACUUUUGAAAAGUUUUAGCUGCUAUCAUUGAUCCUGAUGAGAAUGAUGGCAGUAUUAUGGGAUGACUCGAUCACGUUGCUGUGGAGACGGACUCUAAUUUAUUCUCUUCUGGUGCUCUUGAUGAGUGGAGCGCGCACCUUUGGAGAUGAAGCCUUUAAUGGAGAGUCAUGGCUGCGGCAGUAUGGCUACCUCCCGCAGGCCAGCAAGCAGAUGUCCACCAUGCGCUCAGCUCAAAUCCUGUCGAACGCUAUCAGCGACAUGCAGCGCUUUUAUGGGUUGGAGAUCACUGGAGUGAUAGACCCCGUCACCAUCGAGGCCAUGAAGAGACCCCGCUGUGGGGUCCCAGACAAGUUUGGGGGUCAGAUUAAGAUCAACGUACGACGAAAACGUUAUGCACUCACUGGCCACAAGUGGGACAAGAGCCACAUAACUUUUAGUAUUCAGAACUACACGCCUAAGAUUGGGGAGUACAACUCAUAUGAGGCCAUCCGACGGGCCUUCAAAGUGUGGGAGAAAGUGACGCCACUGACGUUUGAUGAGAUCCCUUUCUUGGAGGUCAAAUACGGCCGUCGGAAGGAGCCUGAUAUUAUGAUCUUCUUCGCGUCUGGUUUUCAUGGUGACAGUUCCCCGUUUGAUGGAGAAGGGGGUUUCCUGGCACAUGCUUACUUCCCUGGUCCAGGGAUGGGUGGAGAUACUCACUUUGACUCUGAUGAGCCUUGGACCAUUGGUUCAGAAAACCUACAAGGUAAUGAUCUGUUCCUGGUAGCCGUACAUGAGCUGGGCCAUGCCCUUGGACUGGAACACUCCAAUAAUCCGCUGGCUAUUAUGGCUCCUUUCUACCAGUGGAUGGACACCGAAAACUUUGAACUGCCUGAGGAUGAUCUACGCGGGGUCCAGCAGAUUUACGGACCCCCUAGCAGUUCUCCCACUCAGGCUCUCCCCACUGUCACCCCUCGGCGACCAGCCCAUCCAGAUCCCAGGGCGCCCCACCCUCCUAAAAACCCUCCCGGAGCGCCCCCUCGCCGGCCAGACAGGCCUCGCACUACCGAUCGCCCAGAUCACUACGGGCCCAACAUCUGCGAGGGCAAUUUUGACACAGUCACCAUGCUCAGGGGAGAAAUGUUUGUUUUUAAGGUGAGCUAAAGACCCUACAUAUCCACAAACUUUUUCUCCAUUAUCUUAAUAACAAUUACAUCUUUCAUUUUUGCAACAAAAUCACUCAAAGUCUAAAAUAGCAUUUUCUCUAUGCAAAAUCAAAAUCUUUUUUUCCCCUCUGGUUUUUGGAUGAAAUAUGCCCCAGGCAUGUUUUUGACAGGCUUCAUGAGAGUCACUCAGCCGGUGUAGUGCUUUCUGAAUCAGAUCAGGUCAAGUGCUGAAACAAUAACAGUGCACGGUUCCAGAUGAAAGCCCUGACAUGCAGGUGCAGGCCUGCUGAGGUCGGCCUGCUCUCAAUCUGGCUUUGUUAAGCAAUGAGCCGUAAAAACCCCCAGUGCUGGUCUUUGUUAC